AUGGGCGCCUUCGUCAGCACCUUACUCGGUGGCCUCGUCCAGGAUCCAUACAUCCCACUGGUCUUCCAUCCAGAUACCAAAGGAUCCCAGAUCAUUCUAGAGGAAUCAGAGUACAUAGCCACCAGAGCAGCCACCUUCCAUGAUGGAAUCGUCUUCUCUAACCGGCCAAUUCACGUUAAUGAGAAGGUGACACUGGAAAUCCUAAAGGAAGAUGACAGAUGGUUUGGUGGUUUAAGGUUGGGCUUCACCUCAGAGCAUCCCUCCUUGAUGGACUCCAGGGAUCUGCCUCCAUUUGCUUGCCCCAAUCUGGUCAAACAAGGGAAGUGCUGGGCUGGUGUCUUACCGGAUGAAUAUGUAGGCAAGGGCACCAUUGUCCGCUUCUGGGUGAACAGGAAAGGCUGUGUUUUCUUCAGAGUCGACCAUGAGUCUGGCUCUCACUUACUGCUAAAAGAUGUUCCAGUCAAAAGGCCUCUCUGGGCGGUUAUAGACAUCUAUGGAAGAACUAAAGCUGUCCAGCUUCUAGAUCCCUCAAGACCAAAGAUAUGCACGUAUGAGUCAAACCAACUAGAGUUGAAUACAGCUGGGCAGAAUGAAUCGGUGUGCAGGAAUUUCUGUGAAGGAAGCAGCAUUGGCAAAGAAUGUGUGGUCUGCUUCUACCGCAAGGCCAACACCGUGAUGCUUCCUUGCUGCCACGCUUACUUUUGCUUCUGCUGUUCCACAAGAAUUCUGUACAGCAGUGGCUGCUGCCCUUUGUGUCGGCAGAAUGUUGAGAAAGUACUUCGUGUCUCCGCUUGGGCUGAGAAAGGAAUCCCAGCAAAAUGGCUGGAAGAAGUCGAAGACAGCCAACCCCCUCCCAGACAAAAGCUUAACCGUGCCCAUGCUCCUGAAACAUCACCAUCUUGA